AUGUCGCCGCUGGCGGCCGCCGGCCAGGUGUGCCCCCCGCCGGACGGGGGCUGGGGCUGGGCCGUGGUCGUGGGGGCCUUCAUCUCCAUCGGCUUCUCGUACGCCUUCCCCAAGGCGAUCACCGUCUUCUUCAGCGAGAUCCAGGAGAUCUUCCAGACGACGUACAGCGAGAUCGCGUGGAUCUCCUCCAUCAUGCUGGCCAUCAUGUACGCGGGCGGCCCGGUGAGCAGCAUUCUGGUGAACCGCUACGGCAGCCGGCCUGUGGUGGUGGCGGGCGGCGUGCUGGCCGGCACUGGCAUGGUGCUCGCCUCGUUCUGCACCUCCAUCCUGCAGCUCUACUUCUGCAUCGGGGUCAUCGGGGGCUUCGGCCUCGCCAUGAACCUGCAGCCGGCGCUCACCAUCAUCGGCAAGUACUUCUACAAGAAGCGGCCGAUCGCCAACGGACUGGCGAUGGCCGGGAGCCCCGUGAUGCUCAGCACCCUCGCGCCCCUCAACCAGCUGCUGCUCAACAGCUUCGGCUGGAGGGGCAGCUUCAUGAUCCUGGGGGGGCUGCUACUCAACUGCUGCGUGGCCGGCGCCCUCAUGCGCCCCGUGAAGCCGUCGCCAUCCGCGCCGGCGGCGCUGACCGCGACGGAGUCCGCGACGGAAGUGGCCGCGGAGAACGCCACGACUCCGCCGCCGCCGCCGCCGCCCGUGCCCGCUGACACGGCGAACCCGCAGGCCGUGAGCCUGCUGUCCGGACAGCCGGCAAAGCCCAAGGAGGGAUUCCUGCAGCGCUUCAAGGAGCUGCUCGACCUGUCGCUCUUCAAGCACCGCGGCUUCCUCAUCUACCUCUCGGGAAACGUCGUCAUGUUCCUCGGGUUCUUCUCGCCCAUCGUGUUCCUGGCGCCGUACGCUCGCCACAUGGGCAUCGAGAAGUACUCGGCCGCAUUCCUGCUCACCAUCCUGGCCAUCGUGGACAUGGUGUGCCGCCCCACCUGUGGCCUCAUUGCCAACUCGCGCUGGAUUCGGCCAAGGAUCCAGUACUUCUUCAGCUUCGCGGUGAUCUUCAACGGCGUGUGCCACGUGCUGUGCCCGCUGGCCAGCGACUACGGUGGUCUGGUGGCGUACUCGGUGUUCUUCGGCAUGGCGUUCGGCAUGGUGAGCUCCGUGCUCUUCGAGACGCUCAUGGACCUGGUGGGGGCGCAGCGCUUCUCCAGCGCCGUGGGCCUCGUCACCAUCGUCGAGUGCUGCCCCGUGCUGCUCGGUCCGCCUAUCGGAGGCUGGCUGGUGGACGUGACGGGCGACUACAAGUACAUGUACUUCGUGUGCGGCGCCAUCGUCAUCACGGCCGGCAUCUACCUCUUCGUCGCCAACGCCAUCAACUACCGCAUGGUGGAUCGCGAGGCGGCGGCCGAGGCGGCGCGCAACGGGCGGGGGGUGGAGGGGCUUGAGCUGGGCCCUGAGCCCCUCCCCUCGCCCCAGGGUGGUGACGAUGGCACCGCCAAAACCCCCAACGGCGUGGAGGAGGGCGCCGAGUAAACGCGACGCGGAACCCCCAGCCGUGCCGAGCGAAAUAACGAGGUUCACCGAUUUCACUAAAACCGCUCGCUCACUCACUCGGUCACUCACUCGCCCGCAGGCUUGCAAACUCACUCACUCGGUCACUCACUCACCUGCAGGCUUUCUAACUCACUCACUCGGUCACUCACUCACCCGCAGGCUCGCUCACUCAGUCACUCACUCACCCGCAGGCUUGCAAACUCACUCACUCGGUCACUCACUCACCUGCAGGCUUGCUAACUCACUCACUCGGUCACUCACUCACCCGCAGGCUCACUCACUCGGUCACUCACUCGCCCGCAGGCUUGCAAACUCACUCACUCGGUCACUCACUCACCUGCAGGCUUGCUAACUCACUCACUCGGUCACUCACUCACCCGCAGGCUCGCUCACUCAGUCACUCACUCACCCGCAGGCUUGCAAACUCACUCACUCGGUCACUCACUCGGUCACUCACUCACCCGCAGGCUCGCUCACUCGGUCACUCGGUCACUCACUCACCCGCAGGCUUGCAAACUCACUCACUCGGUCACUCACUCACCCGCAGGCUCACUCGGUCUAUCGCUCACUCGGUCACUCACUCACCCGCAGGCUUGCUCGCUCACUCGCUCACUCGGUCACUCACUCACCUGCCCGCAGGCUUGCAAACUCACUCACUCGGUCACUCACUCACCCGCAGGCUUGCAAACUCACUCACUCGGUCACUCACUCACCCGCAGGCUCACUCACUCACUCGCUCGCUUGCGUGCAGUCAGAUUCUCUCAGCAAUGAGCAGCGGUAGGAAGUUUAUUGUUUUAUAUGCCUUGGUCUAAGCGGUUGCACUAAACCACUUUGUUUUAUUUUGCGUAAGAAGGAACCUAAUGCUGGUUCCUGGAGCGGGGUCUCUGGGCGUUGCGCUCCGACAUCGGUGGCGUCGCCCAACGCUGAGGUCAACGUAGCCAACAAAGGCAAUCGGCUGCUGCUCUCGUAAAUCAUGAAACUCCACUGACCAUCCGUGGUCUUGCGUCCAUGUAAAUCGCCUGUAAAUAAAACUCAAUACCCUUAGCGCCAAAACGCCUCGGUCCCAUGGCAGGGUCCCUGCCCUCCACGAGACAACCACGGUUGGCUUCCCACUGAGUGGUUCUGAUCGUUUGAUUGCCCCAAGGGGGCGAUGGAGCUUCGCGCGCCCCCCACGUGUGGAGUCUCCGGCCUCCGCGUGCCCCCCCCCCCCCCAGCACUGCGUAUAUAUUCAGAUACGGCACACGUGCGAUCUGUGUGUGUCAUCGUGUGAAUAUAUACACGAGUCUAGAUGGCGUGUAACAAUUCGGACAUGUAAUAGAAGCUGUGUGUGUGCAUGCAUGUGUGUGUAUACAUACAAAGAUAUGCAAAUACGGAUGUUAUGUAUGCAUCUGUAGCAUUACUGUAACACAGUUAUAAAUAUGUAUGUAAUACAUAUGACGUGUUCAAUUGCGCGCACAAAGCGCCCACGGUGCGGCAGGGGCUGUUGGCUGGCGCCCGUUGGGGCCGGCGUAGCGUGCACGCCGGCGUGGGAAGACUGCACCGCCAGUGCCUAUGUCACCCGGCCCGCACCAGCUCCUCCGUUGAGGCCGAGUCAACCCAAGGGAAGUCUAGACCGGCUCAAGGUGCCGUUUGUCUCCAAUCGACGCUGUGGGCUGCAGGCCAGGGUCGCCGGGGCCGUAACGCUGUGGGCUGCGACCAAGCCGCGGUCGCUGGUUGCCGUAACGCUUCGCGAGCCGCGUGCCGGAAGCCACCGCCAGGGCCACUGGGACAUCGUCGGCACUCGAGUCUCGGUGUCACCCCAUCAGGUGCUGCAGAGUCGGUCGUCGUCAUUGACACGAAGAAGGAAAGAACUUGCUUUAAAACAAUAGAAACUAUCGUUUAGUUGAUGCGUUUAUACAAAUGCAAAAUUAUAAUAGUUUUACUGAAGUUAAUUUAAUACGGUAAUUUAUUUUGCUGUUCAUAUUGUUAGAGGUGAUGGUUUGGCGUGUACCGGCCCGGUGCAACCACUGUGGGUGCGGUUGUCAAUAUGACGUAAACGGAACCGCUGGAUCUUUGGUACGUCGGAGAGGAUCUUCUAUUGGUGGUAUGGCCAGGACACGGUCUGGUUGGCCGGGCAGCAGAGCUCCUGGACAAUGUCAGGCUUGCUUAGCCACAUCAUCCUCAUCCUCAUCAUCCUCGUCAUCCUCGUCAUCAUCGUCAUCAUCGUCACCAUCAUCAUCAUCCUCGUCGCCGUGUUGUUGGAGUUGGUAAAAUGAGCUCGCAACCUUUAGACAUUGAGCCCAUCACUCUGCCCACGUCGCCUGUGUGAGACGAAUGGCCAGCCGGCUUUGGUCACCAUGGUGAUAUAGCAACUGGUAACAAUCCACAUCCCUUUGUCAAUCCACUGCUGGGUGAAGGCCUCCCUGUGUGGCAUAUCGGUUGUCGGGUUGUUUGACCGUACGUCACCACUGCUCAGACUGAGCACUGAACUCAGGUCUCCGGGUUCGUGGUGCACUUACCACUGCGCGACCAUCGCACCAUCGGACCUGUGUGAUGCUAAAUCAACCAUGGGUUUCAUCCGUAUUAUGCAUCAUCAGUGCAGUAAGCCCCUGCUGCUCUGAUGACAAUAACAACGAGCUAUCUUCCACUUUAUUGGGAGAGUUGUCAGCACGGUGUGGCGUCGUCUCAACGGCGUGAUGGUCGCUUUUGUACAAAACUCUUUGAAUCCGGGGGGGGGGGGGGGGGGAGAGAGUGACAGGGCACCGGUGUGUGCCGGUCGGACCGUCUCUCGAACAUGGGCAACGUGGUGGAGCCCACGGCUCUGCCGCUGUGCAAGCCGGGUCAUCCCGCGCAAGCCGGGUCAUCACGCGCAAGCCGGGUCAUCCCGUGCAAGCCGGGUCAUCCCGCGCAAGCCGGGUCAUCCCGUGCAAGCCGGGUCAUCCCGCGCAAGCCAGGUCAUCCCGCGCAAGCCGGGUCAUCCCGACGGUGGAGGGGGGUUCGUUCGUAGGCCAAGCUUCCAGAGCCACCGCCGGUCUCGCCCCGAUUUAGAGAUGCAAACUCCUACCAAAGAGGACAGAGGAGUCGCGAUCGUGUAUCCGCGUCGUCACGGCGGCAGAGAGAAAAACACGACGAUGCCACGAAACUUGUUUUCGGAGUCAUGUACUGUAGCUGCCUUCCUCUCAGUGUUAAACAAAAACAAGAGCGUACUCAUGUUUGUUUUAGUUGUCUGCGCUAGUUAGUACGUGACUCGCCUCGUAGCUUAAAUGCAGUGGGAACGAGCAUUGUUACUCGCGGCAGUGUUAAUGGUGGCGGUGGCCGGUGCCGAGCGGGGCGUGCGGCGGUGCGUGCCGGAGGAGCUGGAGACAAAGGCGGCGACCCACCCCCUCGUGUGCCGUGCCGGCCUUCAUAGGUGCUACUCGCUAACGGCACAGCGCCACUGCCAAGGGGCAACGCCACUGCUCGUUGUUUGGCGUCCCUGUUGUUUUGUAUGAUUUUUGUUUACACAUUUCCUUUCAUCCCCGAUGCUAUAGAAGUAUUUGCGAAAAGAAAUGAAUAAAAAUGGAAAAUUUACCUUUUAAAAAAAAAUUCGUUCAUUUUGUUGCUAUCGAUUGAGAUUCUUGUUCAUAUGCAGUGACCAUGUGUGUGUGCGUGUGCACCUAGCCUGUCACCGCCAUUCGCCACCAACUUCU